CAUAGCUCUGUUUUGUCCUCAGUCGAAAAUGGCGGACUCCCUUUUCUCUCCCCUAUCGUAGAUCGCCAACACUCCUCCCCCUCCCUAUAAAACCCUACUCAUCCUCCUCUGCGAGUCUCCGCAUCUCUCCACUCUCCGCCGGCUCGCGGCUGCCAUUAUUCUGCAAUGGACACUGUGGACUCAUCCCGAGCAUUCGUCAAGGAUGUCAAGCGCAUCGUCGUCAAGGUUGGGACUGCUGUUGUCACUAGAGCUGAUGGAAGGUUAGCUCUUGGAAGGUUAGGAGCACUAUGUGAACAGAUUCAAGAUCUCAAUUCUCAAGGCUAUGAAGUUAUUUUAGUGACCUCCGGUGCUGUUGGUGUUGGUCGUCAACGGCUGAGAUACAGGAGAUUGAUUCACAGCAGUUUUGCGGAUCUUCAAAAGCCACAAGAUGAACUUGAUGGUAAGGCAUGUGCAGCCGUUGGACAAAAUGGCCUAAUGGCUUUGUAUGACUCUUUAUUCAGUCAGUUGGAUGUUACAUCUUCUCAAUUUCUCGUUACGGAUAAUGACUUCAGAGACCCAAACUUCAGGAUGCAGCUUAAUGAGGGAGUAAAUUCACUGUUGUCUCUGAAAGUUAUACCUAUAUUUAAUGAAAACGACGCAGUUAGUACACGCAAAGCUCCAUAUGAGGACUCUUCUGGUAUAUUUUGGGAUAAUGACAGUCUAGCAGCUCUACUAGCUCUGGAGCUGAAAGCUGAUCUUCUUGUACUAUUAAGUGAUGUGGAAGGCCUUUAUAGUGGCCCUCCUAGUGAUCCCCACUCAAAAUUGAUUCAUACAUACAUCAAAGAGAAACACGAAAGAGAGAUUACUUUCGGUGACAAGUCUAGAGUUGGAAGAGGGGGCAUGACUGCCAAAGUAAAAGCUGCAGUUUACGCCGCUUAUGCUGGAAUCCCUGUGGUCAUCACGAGUGGCUUUGCUGUUGACAACAUUAUCAAAGUACUACAAGGAGAACGUAUCGGUACCCUCUUUCAUCGUGAAGCUAACAAAUUGGAUCCAGCUGUAGAUGUCGGUGCUUGCGAAAUGGCAGUUGCAGCUAGGGAAUGUUCCAGGCGGCUUCAGGCACUUGCUCCAGAAGAAAGGAGAAAGAUUUUGUUGGAUAUUGCUGAUGCACUGGAAGCAAAUGAAAAAACGAUCCUUAGCGAGAAUGAAGCUGAUGUAUCUGAUGCCCAGCAAGCUGGCUAUGAUAAUUCUUUGGUGUCUCGACUGGCCCUAACACCAGAAAAAAUCUCGAGUCUUGCAAAGUCAGUUCGUGUGCUUGCGGAGAUGGAUGAACCAAUAGGUCGCAUUUUAAAGAAAAUAGAGAUUGCUAAUGGAUUCAUCUUGGAGAAGACAUCAUCUCCUUUGGGUGUUCUUUUGAUUAUCUUCGAGUCACGUCCUGAUGCACUUGUUCAGAUUGCUUCACUUGCAAUACGGAGUGGAAAUGGACUGUUACUGAAAGGUGGAAAAGAGGCCAAAAGAUCAAAUGCAAUCUUGCACAAGAUUAUUACCUCAUCCAUCCCAGAAAAUGUUGGUGAAAAUCUUAUUGGACUUGUUACAUCUAGAGAAGAGAUCCCUGAAUUGCUCAAGCUUGAUCAUGUGAUUGAUCUUGUUAUCCCAAGAGGAAGCAAUAAGCUUGUUUCUCAAAUCAAAGCUUCAACAAAAAUCCCUGUUCUUGGUCAUGCUGAUGGAAUUUGCCAUGUUUAUGUUGAUAAGUCUGCUGACUUAGAUGUAGCAAAGCGUAUUGUGUUAGAUGCAAAAACGGAUUAUCCUGCAGCAUGCAAUGCAAUGGAAACACUUCUUGUACACAGUGACUUGGUGAAGAAAGGUGGUCUUAAUGACAUAAUCAUGGAACUUCAGAUAAAAGGGGUUACUAUAUUCGGAGGACCAGAGGCAAGCUCGCUGCUAAAUAUACCAGAAGCUGAUUCAUUGCAUCAUGAAUAUAGUUCUCUGGCUUGCACGGUGGAAAUUGUUAAUGAUGUAUAUGAUGCGAUUGAUCAUAUACAUCAGCAUGGAAGUGGUCAUACUGACUGCAUUAUCACCGAAGACAAUGAAGUUGCUGAAAUAUUUCUACAUCAAGUUGACAGUGCUGCUGUACUGCACAAUGCCAGCACAAGAUUUAGUGAUGGCUUCCGCUUUGGACUUGGCGCAGAGGUUGGGAUUAGUACAAGUAGGAUUCACGCACGUGGUCCUGUAGGAGUUGAAGGAUUGCUAACAACACGAUGGAUUGCAAGGGGAAGCGGGCACGUGGUGAAUGGCGAUAAAGAAGUUGUGUACACCCACAGGGAACUGCUGAGCUGAGUUUCAGAUUUGCCAAACCAAGUGGAGAGAGAGUUUGGAUUUCUUCUUUCUUUCUUUCUUCUUCUUCUUCUUCUUUUUAAUGAAGAGAUGCUUUUUCCCAGAGGUUCAUCCAUGGAGAAGCCACUUUUUGUGCAUUGUAAUCUACUGUCUUCUUUAUUUGAUUAGGCUCUGCAGAGUGUAAUUUAAAGUUUCAUCAUCAAUAAAUCAGAGUGUAUACAUACAAAAUAAUGUGGCAUAUCUUUAGUUCUAUAAACCACUCUUAUCUUUGGCAAUAAAUCUGGAGUGGCUAC